AUGAGGCGGCUCGAUGACAUUUCGACGGCUCUGAAUCAAAGUUUUCCUGGAGCUGUCAUGAGCCAGCCAGGCGUGGCGGGGGGACCUCGGCGGACCGCUGCGGACCCGGUGCAGGUCUCGGAGCCCACGCGCCCCGCGCCUCAGGGCCCGCAGCCGGCCCGGAUUCGGGAGACUCGCCUUUCGCCCCCCACCGAGAGUUCCCCGGUCACUCUCCGCCCGGCCGGCUCCGCCCCCCGGGCCGCCCCGGCCUGCGCCCGGCUCUUCCGGACGCCAACUUUUCCGUGGGACCGGCCCCAACUUCCCGGAGCCGCACUCGGCCGCGGGCCGGCGCGGGCCCCGGGAUCGCUGGCUCCACACACCGCGGCCCGGCGGCCCCCGGGGGCCGGAAGAGGCGCCCCGUGGGGACCUGCAGUCCGGCUGGGUCCCCUGGCCCUUAGCAGGGCCUCCCUCGGCCCGGAGCCACCGGGACGACUUCGCGAGCGCGGCGGGGCCCUCUCCCUCCGUCCCUCCCUCGGUCCGCGGCCUGCAGCCUGGCCCCCUACCUGGCUCCCGGGCCGGACGCGAGCAGCAGCCGGGGGCGCGGAGCCCCGCGCGACGAGGGCGGCGGCGGGGGUCGGGAGGACGGCGGCCCGCGCGGCUCCCACGCUUCCGCCGGAGUCAGGAGUUGAACAUUCCGCCUCUCCGCGCGGCGCCAAUGAGCAGCACAGUGGCCGCAACAGCACCACCUACCUCCGAGCGCGGAACGGCCGCGCGCCGGCCCUCCCCGGCACGCCCGGGCCUCCGGGCCCGAGCGCCGGCGCCCGCCCCUCGGCGCGCUGGAGCCUGCCGAGGCCCGGGACGCCCGGAGCAGCGCGCUGGCCCUUUCGCUGGGCACCACCUUAUCCCGACCGCAGACAUAGGCGCUGGGGCGCCGGGGAAGUCAGUGCUGUAGUGGGGAAGGGGCAGACUCGCACAGAGCUUGCCGGGGGGAAACGGGGCCCCAGCCGCCUCCGUGGAACCACCCGAAGAACGAAGAGGAUCCGCUGGACAACAAGGAAGGGGAAGUAUGCCGGGCACAGGGACCAGCAAAUGCAGACCCCAAGGAACGACACCACCAGAGCAAUAGUCCUUGUGUGGCAGCGAUAGUGGCAGCAGUGACAUACUCAUGAUGAUGACAGACACGGCCAAUAUUGACUGAGUAUUCAAAUGCCGUGCACCCAAUAACAGUUUUACACGCUCUUGCCAUCUAGUCUUCACACUGCCAGGCAGCUUGCACGUCACCCACACCAUAGGGCAGGAGAAAGCCUUGAGAAGCGUGCACAGCUUGCCUGCCUUCAGGGUGCAGGAGGUAACCAGCAGGGCUUGUUCUUUUAGUUCAAGCCGUUCCCCAGCGUUUUGCUCUCAGGAUUUCUUUAUACUCCAAAGAAAGGUUUCAACUGGUUUUUGUUUGUGUGAGCUACCCCUGUCAACAUUUAUCAUGGAAAUGAAAAUGGAAGGGGCAGGUGUUGUGGCACAGCUGGCCAAGCUGGGGCUUGUGACACCCGCAUUCACAUCAACGUGUCUGGCUCAAGUCCUAGCUGCUCUGCUUUCCAUCCAGCUUCCCAGUCCUACACUCAAGAGGCAGCCGACGAUGCUCAUGCAUUUGCCACUCAUGUAGAAGACCCAGAUGGAGUUCCUGAUCCUCGGCUCUGGCCUGGCCCAGCCCUGGCUGUGGUGGGCAUUUGGGGAGUGAAACAGAAGACACAAGAUCUCUAUGUCUCUUCUGUGUCAGUCUGCCUUUCAAAUAAAGUAAUAUUUUUAAAAAAUUAAAUAUUAACUCAUUUAAAACACAAUAAGCCCACUUAUGCUAACAUAUAUAACAUGUUUUACUAAAAAAACUAUUAUCCAAAUUUUUAAAGAUUAACAGUGUCAUUAUUUUAGACUUCUGAAAAUCUCUUUAAGAUUUUUUUCAUUGGAGUGGGUGUUGUGGCACAGCACAUCCCAUAUUGAUGGUCAUGUGGGUUGACAAAGGCCUACUGAUCCAGUCUUGAGUCCUGUUCACUGUUCACUCCACCAUUGUUUGGUGCUAUUCUCCUCUAAAUUUCUAAUGUCAAAUUUGUAUGAGUUAUAACUGAGCUUAUCACACCCUUUCAGCACUGAACCGGGCUCUCUCUCCUGUUCUGCAAGAAAACGCAUACAUUCCUUCCCCAAGGACUUGAGCAUUGAUAGGAUUUCCUGACAGAAUCUGGUAACCUUUGACUGUGAACACGAGGCCAGCAUGGAUUCAGGGAAAUCAAGACGUGCCCAGGGUUUUCACUGGAAUCACAGAGAACAGUGUGGGUUGGUUUCAGGAAACACUUGACCUAGUUUCUCGGGCUGGCUUUAUCAGCCAGGAGACCACAAAGAUGACAGCACGAUACAGAUCCUUGCUAUCAGGCUGAAACCUGAGCCACGAGUGCUGUUGCAUGGGCUGAUGCUCUCAUAGAGAAGGGCUUCCAGUGGUAGGUGGCUGGCUCUCAUCUCUCUCCUGCACAUCUCAGCAACUUAAAUGAAGGCCUGGUGGCAUGCAUAUCUAAUAAUGUGAAUUUAGAAGGAACACCUAAUGAACCAGGUAGAAUACCUUUGCUCAGAAACUUCUACUGAUGCCUCACUACCUAUCACAUGGAAUCCCUCCUCCUUAGGAGGCAUUCAAAGCCUGCAUUGGCUAAACCAAAUUUUGCUGCCCAGCAUCACCUCCCAUCUUUGCAGGCCUCUUGCUUGCAUGAAACUGAACCACAAGCCUUCCAAUCUCCACACUUCCCUCCUACAAUUUCCUUCUUCUAAAACUCUAUUGCUGGGGCCGGUGCUAUGGCAUAGCAGGUAAAGCCACUGCCUGCAGUGUCGGCAUCCCAUAUGGUCACCAGCUCAAGUCCCGGCUGCUCUACUUCUGAUCCUGCUCUCUACUAUGGCCUGGGAAAGCAGUGGAAGAUGGCCCAAGUGCUUGGGCUCCUGCACCCACAUUGGAGGCCUGGAAGAAGCUCCUGUCUCCUUGGCUUCAGAUCUGCAGCUCUGGCCAUUGUGAUCAUUUGGGGAGUGAGCCAGCAGAAUGGAAGACCUCUCUCUCUGGCUCUACCUCUCUCUGUAACUUCUUUCAAAUAAAUAAAAUAAAUCUUAAAAAAAAAAAAAAACAAAAAAAAAACUCUAUUGCUUUCCAGGCCCAGCUAAAAUGCUUCCUUUCCUCAGAGCUGUUUCCAAUUCUUUUCUCCCUUAGAAUCUCAUGCUACUUUCAUAUUAUAAAAAUCUUUUUGAUUUUCCCCCAUAACAUUCUUAUCAAUGUGCCUGUCAUUCCCUUCUCUUUACAUUUUCUUAUUUCGGUGUAAACUCACCCAACUGACAUAGAGCACUACUUGCAAGCCCUUGAUAAAUAUUUAAUGAAGAAAUGAAUAAAGGAACAGAACUUCAUAAUUGGAUUAUGGUUCCAGUAGCCACAUUGAACUCUCUCAGUACUUAUUUAAGAAAGAGGACAACAACUAAAUCUGUAUGGAUACGGAUUCUGUGGUAGACAUUUUAUUAGAACUUUUGCAAGUGUAUCAUUUAAUUUCUUCAUUUUUUCAAUCCAUGAAAGAGGAAUUGAGUUAUCAGAUAUUUUAUUAAGUAGCUUGCUCAAUAUCAUUAAGAUAAUAUAUGGUGGUUUUGAUAUAUAAAUAAAUUCUGAUCUGUCUGGUUCAGUGGCCCACUUUCUUCUUAUUGUACUGUAUAUCGUGAGAAAUGUAGACAUUUUUGGUAAAUAAAUAGGCUAUGGAAGCAGCUAUCUGUGUCUCUAAACCUUUUUCAAAUAUUGCUGAAAAGUGUCCUAAAUUGCUAAAAAUUUGAUAUUCUUUUUUUUUUUUUU